AUGUGGGGCACCAAACUAACGACCAUCCGGCCCAACGCAGAGGCUCCGCGGCCCCGCUUCCUCUCCGAUGCCGUGCCUCCCAUCAUGCUGCAAGCUGACAUAGAUGUGGGUGACCCUUCCGUCUCUGCACCCAUGCCCCCGCGAAACGGGCCACGCGCUGGCCCCACACCCAUGCUGCAAAAGCUCUCCGAGGCUGCGGCAGGCCGGCAUGCGGCGCGAGCCGGUGCCUUCCAUCACCCUGCUGUUCAGCAUCGCAUGAACGGCAAUGGAAAAGCCGCCAGCAAAAAUCCCGCAGAGAGCAACGCUACAGCCGCAUCAGCGGCCGCACCCGCAUCAUCAGCCGUGGCUCCAAAGCUCAAUUCAGCUUCCCAAUCACCCACCGCAAAUCGCAACGGUUUUCAUCCAACCCCCACUUCACCCAUCAACCCCAAAGCCGCCGCCCUCGUGAUGGAAGCCCGCCCCAUUUCUCCUCCUCGACCCAACGGCGCACUGGACUCUGAGGGUGGCCUCGUGGGGACUGGCCCUCUGGCGCACGGUCCUCCUCGGGCCGUGCGUCGUGAUCCUGUCGCUUUCAACGCCAGUCCCUCCAAACAUACUGACGCCGUUUUAUCCACCUCCCGCCGUGUCAGUGCACCUCCCGCGCCGAGCAUCCUCACCAACAACGGCCACGAUAUCAUGGACUCCCAGCACAUUGUUCGCGGCGCCUCACUGCCCGACUCUGCCACGCUGGCCGCCGAGAGCCGCCGUCGUUCUCUCGAACGCAGCAGCCAUGUUGUCGUCCCACCGCAACCCGCGCCCCCGAGCGACGAAGUCGCCACCACUGCCAAGGCCCAAGCUAUCAAGGAGCCGGCACCACGGCGUCAGCGCCUUUCGCGCGUGCAGUUUACUUUCGGGAAUGGCGCUGGCAGUGGCGCAGGUACUACCUCCUCGCCCACCAGCUCGCCCGCCCAGAACUGCCCCGCUUCAAAUCUAGCUUCAGGCCCAACACGACGCCUGUCCUCCGAAGCGGCAGAAGAAGAGGCCGACUCCGCCGCCGCCCCGGCCCGAGCCGCGGUCAUUGGGGUGGCAACCAGUAAUCCACCCCCGACUGCUGCUUCCGAAGUUGUCAAGGAAGGAGGGCCGCCACCUCCCACAACACCACCGCCUGGUAGCGAUACACUCAGUGCCCGCCGCUCUUCCCGGGCUAAACAGCACUGGCUCAAGAUUAAGGAGUCAAUCCGUUUGGUCUCCAUCGCUCACCAAUUUGCCUUCAAGGCCCCCCCGUACCGCCCCUUCCUCUCACACCAACUUCAUACUUUUCUCGCUGAGAACGUACACAUGGGCAUCGAGCGUGAGUGCGGCGUGGUCUAUGAAGCUGCCGUCCUCUUCACUGACUGCAGUGGCUUUACGGCACUCACGGAGAGACUUGCUGCCAAGUACGAGGACAACUUUCUUCACGAUGAGGAGGCCCAUGACAGCGGCGCCGAAGACUUGUGUCGCGUGAUCAACCAGUUCUUCACACAACUCAUCGGCACGGCACAUUCCUACGGUGGUGAUGUCGUCAAGUUUGCAGGUGAUGCUGUCACCGUCACCUGGGCUGCCAAUCCCAAAAGCAACAACGGCUGUCGCAACCUACAACAGGCGGCCACCCAAGCCGCCGCUUGUGCACUUGAACUUCUCAAGCUUUGUCCUUGGCCUGCCCACACAAGUGACGGGAAUGACACUCAUUACUUGAACCUUCACAUGGGUCUUGGCGUGGGCAAGCUGGCUGCCAUCCAUGUGGGCGGCGUCUUCAAAUGCUGGGAGUACGUUCUGGCUGGCCAACCACUCAAGCAAAUUGCAAUUGCAGAGGCCAACAGCAUCGCAGGCGAGGUCGUGUUAUCUCCAGAGAGUCACGACUUGCUCGGGGAUCUGGUCGAGGUGGAUCCCUUGACAAAUCCGGUCGUGGAUGCCAGCGCUGAUGGCUUCUCAGACAUUGACUACCUAAAGCGUUUUGUCAAGCUGCGCUCAGUCGAUACCGAGCACGUGAUCACGGACUGCACUCCACCUGUGCUCCCGGUAACCACCAGCUUGGUGCCGUACAUGGCUCGCUACAUCCCAAAAGUUGCCCGUGUUCGCCUUGAAGCCUCCACAGCGGAGCAUAUCGCCGAACUGCGAACUCUCUCCAUUGUCUUUGUCAACAUUCGCGGGCUACGAUUAGAACCGUCUCCAAGUGGCGACUGCAAAGAGGCCGUGGCGGCUGGCCAGCGGCUCAUGACCGAGUUGCAGCGCGUCAUCUUCAACUACGAGGGUGUCAUCAACAAGCUUCUUGUGGACGACAAGGGUCUACUAGCACUCUGUGUGUUUGGCCUUCCUCCCUUUGUGCAUCAUGGCGAUGAUCCCGUUCGCGCCGUCUGUGCCGCCCUUGACUUGGCAGCUGGUAUCAGACCUUCUCACGACCGCGACCUCUGGUGCAAACGAAUGGGGGACAGUAAUCUGGGUGAUCACGUGUUUGCGCGUGUUGGCGUGACCACCGGCCGUGUUUUCUGCGGUGUUGUUGGCUCCAAGGAACGCCAUGAAUAUACCGUUCUUGGCGAUGCCGUCAACCUCUCGGCACGCCUCAUGGCCAAGGCCACGGCAUCAAGCGUUUUGAUCGAUGAGGCCACGCGGGCCGUGGUGGCUGAAUAUGCUGGAGAUGACUUUGAAUUUACAACGCUGCAGCCCCUGACACUCAAGGGCAAGGCCCACCCCGUGCCAGCCUUUCAACCAGCCCCCCGCUCCAGCAUCCUCUCUGACUAUCUCAAGAGCGAUCAUGAUGAUCGUCUGGAAGAAGACACGUACAUGGCAGGUCGCGAAGACGAGCUGGAAACCCUUCGCGGGGGGAACAAUCCUUUUGACCGCACAACCCGGCUACGGCAAAACCCCACUGGCGGCAGCUUUGAUGCGCUUCUGACUCUAUCGCAUGGUUACUCAAGAAUGCCCUCAUCCCAUGCUGGCAAGGGCUGCAAGGGCUCCAGUCUAUGCACGGCUUUCUUUUUGAACAUGCAACUCACAUCCGCCCGCGACCGUGGGAUGAACGUGGUAAUUGCUCCCAGUGAUCAGCGCGCCAUGUUGCGCGUGGGAGACCAGGCGCAGCGUCGAAAGCAGACGCAGGGCGAGCAUGCUGGCCCACGACAUAUGGUUCUCGUGAGCGAUGAAAAGUGGCAAUACGCCGCUGCCAUCCUUCAACAGCUUUUUACCAAUCUGAAAAAGAAGGAUAUUGACGUGGAGAAGUGGAUUGAAACCAUGCUUGCCCCAAAUGAUCGAGAAAGCGAAGACUUGGUUGGCUGCAAAGCCAUCCCUAUCAGCCUGUGGCGUCACUUGGAGGAUCUUCCUAUGGGCGAGCUUCCCGAGGUGUCCAUCAACGACGUCUUGGUUGUGCGAAUCGUGGCUCGGAUCGUCACCAGCUACGCCGACGAGUAUCCUACUUUUCUUGUGAUGCGACUUUUUCACAACUCGGUGGAUGUUGCACACGAUGGUGGCUGGUUGCUCCUCUACGAACUGGCUCGACUCUGCGACUCCCGUGAAGAUCACUUGCUACAACCUUUGAUUUUGUUUGUGCUCUCCAACCCAUUGGAGACGUGCAAGCGCGUGGAGGUGCUGGACCUGAUCAAAUUUGCAGAGCGCACCAACACCCGUCUAGACCUGCGGUUGCUUUCUGAGCGAACUCGUCUGAAAUGGGCGGCGACCGUCUUGAGCAACGCCGAGCCCAGUGGCGUGGUUGUGCGGCCGGCCGAUUUGCCACCUUCUUUAGUGAAGCUGAUUGAUGAUCGCACCGCUGGCCAUCCGCGUAUGAUUGUCGAUUUAGUCGAGAGUCUUUUGUCUGCUCAGGCCCUGCGCAACGGCAACGGUGCUGCCAUUCGUAAAUGGGGCAACGGUCGCAUUGAAAUGUUGGCUGAAAAUCUCAAGGAUGUUAUCACUCCGGUGGGCAUGCGUCAUGCUGCGCUGCACAUCUACGAGACGCUCAACAGUUAUCACCAGCUGAUUGUGAAGACGGCCAGCAGCUUGGAUUCUUUCACACCGGCCAUGCUGGAGGUUCUCAUGCACCAAGUGUCCCACCGCACGGUGAACCGUGAGAUGUUGUUGAUGCACUUUCAUCAACUUCAACAAGCCGAGAUCUUCGUGCCGUGCGAGAACAUCCCGCGCAGUGUUGUCAACUUUUUGCCACACGAUAAUUGGCCGUGGCCUGCUUAUCAGUUUGUGAGCAAAUUGCUAAAGGUUCAAGUGUUCAAGGUCAUGAGCAGCAGUGAUCGCAAAGCCGUGCGUGACAUCUGCCGCCAGCGGGAGGUCAAGGUUCUGACGGCCACGCACAAGCGUUCCAUGUAUAGCUUUUCCCUUCGCAUCGACGAUUCUGCUCCAAUCACGACCCAGAUGGCUCAGGAUAACGCUCUCAUUCCUAUCGAUGAUGUCGAGUUGGAUUUGCGCCACGAAGCUGAGGCUAUGGGCGUGGACACACGUGUGCGAAGCGUCAACGCGGGUGGUCGAUCGCGGCGUCGCUCUCAUGCUAAUAUUGUGGCCGUGCGCCGAGAGAGUCCUAUACGGACGCGCUCUGAAACCACUUCAUCCGUGUCAAGCAACGACUCAAGCAUGGACAAAGCAUCUUACUUCUCCUUUGGGUUUCAUGACCACGGCCCUUCUGUUCCAACGCGAGGUUCCUUGCCCCGGCCUCCAAAUCGCGGUCACACAGUCAUGUCGCCCAUGCAUUUGGACGCACGCCAAGGCUCCCCACUGAGCCGCCACCACGACGAGGUGCGCCAGCAAGCAGACGCUGCAUCACAUUACGGGCGCCCAGAUCUAUCCAUGACCCACAUGUCGCGCCCCAAGUCGGGCAUGCAUGAAUACGUGCUUGGCGUGCCUUCCUACUCCGAUGGAUCAUUUUUGCCCCAGCACCAACACAUACACUUGCCGCAGCAUCAAGCACCACAUAUGCAUCGCAGCAAUAGGGGUGGCAGCAGUAAGCGCGACCACUCUCCGCUUCGUCGGCCACAAUCGGCCGGCCAAGCUUCUCAAUUGCAGUUGCGCCUGCAGAAUUUGGAAAAGCAUUUGACCGACAUUGAGAACGUGGAAGCGCGACUUUGGGAAAUCUUCAGCUUCUCUCAUCGCAACGCCGAUGAUGCCUUGGAUAAAUGCAUUGACUUUUUGGAAGGAUUGGAGGAGUGCCCUCCUCCCAAGUAGUUACACUUUGGAUUGGUCACUUUAAGAUUAUUUCAUUAGCUUCAGUCAACAUUUGUGCCCAAUUGGUGCCCGAUGCAUGUGCUGAGACUCAGACGGAAGAAGAACGUUGGUACAUUUUUGUUUGAUUAAUCGUCGAGAUUUGUUGGUUUGCCCUGUUGCACCUCAAUGCCAUGGCCGCAUGAGUUUUGAAGUGUGUAUGCACGCGUGCAGCUUGGCGAACUUGUCUGUAUGUUGGAUGUUUCUUGAUAGAAGAUUAUAAUAGAAUCUGGAAUUGC